GGGUGGUCUGGACAAUUGUUUGUUGAUUUUUUUUUGCGUCAAUACAGGAACUCUGAGGCAGAGACCAAGAAGCCCGCCGCUAAUUCUUGUUCCCGCUUAGGUUUCUCUACCAAACAGGAUGCGACUGUUUGUUCCAGGCGAAGUGACUGCUUGAACAAACUGUCCUGUUGGAUUAUAGAGUUGAGAAGAAUUUUCUCAGCUCAGACUGAGAAGAUGAACUGAUAGUUUCUGUAUCUAUAUAGCUAGACGGAGAAAAAAGGACGAAAGGAGAAAGGGCGUUCGGGACGAUGCGCGCGCUGCUCCUCGCGCUCUCCGCGCUUGUGGCGGCGUGGCAGGCGGCGGGCCAGGCGGCCAUCUGGUGCACGGAGCGAGCCUGCUACACCCUGCACGACAAGAGGACGCCGUUCGAGGCCGCUUACACGGUCUGCUACAAAAACGGCGGCUACCUGCUUACGAUGAAAGACGAGAAGGAGGCGGAGGACGUAAGGAUCGUGCUCGAGCUGGCCAACGAUGCUGGGCUGUUCACGAGCGGCGAAGAGAGGCUGUGGAUCGGCCUGAAGCUCAAUAGGAGCAACUGCGUGCUGAACGGAGAGCCUUUGCGCGGUUUCCACUGGGUGCCGGACACGGCGGACUCGGGCACGUUCACUAACUGGGGCCGCCAGCCGCAUAGCACGUGCACGGAGGAGCGGUGCGUGUCGCUGCAAGCUGCCGCGGCCGGCUCUGAGCGCCUCCGCUGGAUAGAUGGCUCGUGCAAGGUGGGCGCGCUCUACGCCUGUCGCUUCCAGUUCAAAGGCAUGUGCAAGCCGCUAACACUCGCGGGACCCGGGGAGGUCACGUACACUGUCCAUUUCUCGAACGUCCCUCUAAACCAGAGCGUGAACAGGCUGCCCCACUCCACGCACGCCGACAUCAGCUGCGCGAGCUCCGGGGAGAAGCAUUACUCAUUCUGCACCGACGCAGCCGCGGGAGGGGGCUUCGCUUGGUACCCUGCGAAACCUUUCUGCGAGUCGGGCGAGCGCAGUUGCGCGUUCCAAAACGGAGGCUGCAGCCACGUGUGCUCGGAGGACCGAGCUGGAGACGUUCGCUGCGCAUGCAAGGAGGGCUACCACUUGGGCAAGGACGAGUUCACGUGCAUUCCGAAGAACGCGUGCCAGAACGCGCCCUGCGAGCACGAGUGCGUGGUCGAGGAAGCCAGUUUCGCGUGCAAGUGCAGAAAAGGCUAUCGGCUCGCGCAGAAUUGGUUUGGUUGCGUGGAUGAGGAUGAAUGUGAACAGGGCGUUUGCGGCGGCCACACGUGCCGCAACAAGCCGGGCAGUUACGAGUGCGAGUGUAAGAAAGGGUUCAGAAAGGACGACACAGGCGCGUGCCAUGAUAUCGACGAGUGCGCGGAGAGCGCGUGCAGAGAGCCCGCCGGGUGCCUCAAUUCGCAGGGCUCGUUCUCGUGCUACUGCUCUGCGGGGUUCCGGCAGGCAGAGAGUGGGGAGUGCGUGGAUGUGGAUGAGUGUGUCAGCCGGCCGUGUGAGGAUAUCUGCACGAACACGGAGGGCAGCUACAAGUGCUCUUGUCGCGAGAACUUCCGACUGUCUGAAAACGGCAUCAGCUGCGUCCAGGUCAUCGUAGCGAGCCCUCACACUACAGCUUCAAAUGACGCACUUGAUCGGUCAACCGCGGCUAUCACGGUCACUCCACUGUUCAGCAGCGAGGACAGCAGUACUGCGUCAGCGGGCACUGAGCGCAUGGAGAGCUCGGCCAGGUCGCCGGUGCUGGUGUGGGUGCUGGGCUCAGUUAUUCCUCUGCUGCUUCUAGUCGCGCUCACGACUGUCGUCGCCGUCCUUCGCUGUAAUCGCGCGCGCAAAGCCGCGAAGAAGAAAAGCGCCACCGCGGACAGUUACUGCUGGGUCUCCUCCGGCUUCCAGGCUCAGCCAGACACUCAACCGCGCUGAGUUCCUUAAAGGGGAAUCCCAACGAUUUUUCCAUAAUUCAGCACAAGUCAUUCAGAGUGGUUUGACGUGAUUCACUGAUUCAUGAUUCGUUGUAGAGAAAUUCACAGAUUCAUGAUUCACUGUUAUUUGCAUGAUGAAAUGGUUCUUCAGACUGAUGGAAGAUGUGUUUUUGAAUAGAGUUCUGUAUGGCACCACAAAGGUUCUUCUGUUGUUACAAGCUCAACAUCCUAACGAUGGCAGACUGGUGCGACGUAGAACCAUUUUCUUUACUGAAGGACCCUUGAAGAACCUUCUUUCUUAAGAGAAUGUAAUGUUGAUAAUAGGAAAGUAAUUGAAAAUCUUAAAACACCCCUUUCCUUUGAGAACUAUUUUGCCUUACAACAACCUGCAUGAACUUCUGCACCGUGAAUGAAUCUCAAAAGUUUAUUGUAAAACAAUGGCAUCUGGAAACAUAUUCAUUAUUAUUUUGUGUAAUAACUGUCUAAGAGGAAUAAUUUAGAGGCAUUAAAUGCUUUGGAUGUCUAGUUCCUAUUACCACCACUGUGAAUACUUCUGACUCGGGAACUUCUCAAAAAUGAAACAUUUCACACCAAAGACUUCGUUUACAUCUCAACGACUAAAUUAUGUGGAACUGUUGAAAAAGUGGAAUUCCCAUUUAACACUCUAAAACGCAAGGUUCCCAAUGGUUCUGGGCCUGGAUGUACGAUUUAGUGCUGUUAACCUUGCAGUAUGUGGAGUUCUUUAAUAAAGUUUUCACACACAUCUUAAUGUAAAAAAUGACUGGAAACAUCUAUUGAAGGGCCAUUAAAGGGACCAAAAGUGGUUGUUCUAUGGCAUUGCUUCAGAGAACCUGUUUUAAACCCUUUAUUUUUAAGACUACCAGGUUGAUGUUAAUGUGAAUUCCUGUAACCCAGCAAAAACUCCACUGUUGUUUGAUUCUGAUGGGUGUCAUUAUAAUUUUAUCAUUAAUGUUAUUGUUGUGAUAAUGUUAUAUAUUUGACUACUGAUGUAAGUAAAUCUUUUUUACAUUACCAA